AUGCAGAAUGUUCCAUGGAAGGUGACAGGUAAUACGAAGAUUUGAUCUGUUUUUAGGAUUGGCACUGCUGCCUUGGCAGUUCAGGUGGUUGGCAGCAACUGGCCCAAGCCACAUUACACGCUGCUGGUUACAGGCCUCUGCCGAUUCCAGAUCCUGCAGUUGCUGAAAGAGAAGCCGUAUCCUGUUGCCGAAGUUGAACAGUUAGAUCGACUCGAGCAGUUCACUAAUCAGCCGAAAUCUGAGGAGGAGUUGGGAGAGUUGUCAGAACAAUUUUACAAGUAUGCAGUGCAGUUGGUUGAGAUGCUGGAUAUGUCCGUUCCUGCAGUCGCAAAGCUGAGACGUCUUUUGGACAAUCUGCCUAGAGAAGCUUUGCCAGAUAUACUGACUUCUAUCAUCCGUACAUCCAACCAGGAGAAGCUGCAGAUUCUAGAUGCUGUUAUGUUCAAGAUGACUAUACCGUUGCUUGUUAGACAGAUUGAAGGCCUGAAGCUGCUUCAGAAAACACGGAAGCCUAAACAGGAUGAUGAUAAAAGGGUUGUAGCUAUUCGUCCUAAUAGAAGACUCAAUCACAUUCCAAGCACUGCAGAAGAUGAGGAGGAGGAGGAAGAUCAUGAUGAUGUUGUCAUGCUGGAAAAAAAGAUUAGAACAUCCAGUAUGUCAGAACAAGCUCUUAAAGUUUGUCUUAAGGAAAUGAAGAGAUUAAAGAAGAUGCCUCAGUCAAUGCCAGAAUAUGCGUUGACAAGAAAUUACUUGGAACUGAUGGUGGAAUUGCCAUGGAACAAGAGUACAAAAGAUCGCCUUGAAAUUCGUGCAGCUCGAAUUCUUUUGGAUAAUGAUCAUUAUGCUAUGGAGAAGUUGAAGAAGAGAGUUCUGGAGUACUUAGCUGUCCGACAGCUUAAAAACAACCUCAAGGGACCCAUUCUUUGUUUUGUGGGGCCCCCAGGCGUUGGUAAAACUAGUGUUGGAAGAUCGAUUGCAAAGACUUUGGGUCGAGAGUUCCACAGAAUUGCUUUAGGAGGAGUUUGUGAUCAGUCUGAUAUUCGUGGCCACAG